UGUUAAUUUGUUUUGACUUUAAGAAACGUUAAACAUAACCUAUAUUAAUAAUUAUUGAGAGUGUUUACCUAAAUUAAUUAUUUUUUGUUGAAAUAUGCCGAGAGAUAGGGAUGUUUCGCACAGAUCCAGGUAUGAAUCAAAAACCAGAAGGAGUCGUAGCAGGACAAGGUCAAGGGAUAGACGUGAAAAAUAUGAAUCAAAAUCCAGUAGGCAAAGGGAAUUUGAUAGUAAAUCUAGGAAUCAGUCAAAAAGCAAGAACAAGAAAAAGAAGGAUGAUAGAGCAAGGUCCAGUUCAAACUCGAGUGCUGACAGUAGCAGCAGUGGAAGCUCAGAUACUUCAAUGAAGUUGUUGAAGAAGCUGGAAACUGAAAGGCUACGGCAAGCAGAUGAUAAGAAAAAGAAAAAGGAACUUAUGAAAGCUAAUGAAACACCAGAAGAAAAGAGAUUGAGGAGAUUGAAGAAAAAAGAUGACAAAGAGAGGAAAAGAAAGGAAAGAAUGGGGUGGGAUAAUGAAUAUCUGCAUUAUACCAACACUGACAAUCCAUUUGGUGAUGGUAAUUUGUUGUCUACAUUUGUUUGGACUAAGAAAAUGGCUAAAGAUGGUUUAAUUGGUGCAAGCCAUGAGGAAUUGGAAACCAGGAAUAGGUAUAAACAGGAAGAGAAUAAGAGAGAGCUUGAAAAGGUCAAGAAGAGGAGAAUUGAAAGGGAAUUGGAAAGACAGCAGAGGGAGGAAGAGAUGCAGUUAAUGCAACGCAGUAAAGAAGCUGCGCAAUUCGAAGAAUGGGAGAAGCAAGAGGAUCAAUUUCAUUUGGAGCAAGCUAGAUUAAGGUCGCAUAUAAGAAUACAAGAAGGAAGAGCGAAACCAAUUGACUUAUUGGCAAAGUACAUAAACACUGAAGAAGAGGUUGAUGCUGUGGAAAUGCAUGAACCGUAUACAUAUCUUAAUGGUCUGCAGACUAAAGAUCUGGAGGAUCUUGUUGAGGACAUUAAAGUUUAUAAGGAGCUGGAAAGGGGGAAGAACUUGGAUUAUUGGAACGACAUUACUGUGAUCGUGGAAGAUGAACUGCACAAAAUGAGGAAGCUGGAGAAACAAGAUGAAUACGAUAUGAUGAAUCGGCGUGAAGGAAUCCAUCAGUCAGUUGCUAAAGAUGUUACUAACGUAUUCAAGGGAAAGACGUCCACUCAGUUAGCCCAAUUGCAAACUUCCAUUGAAACGAAAAUUAAUGGUAAAGCUGACGGAAUCGAUAUUGGGUAUUGGGAAUCUUUACUCUCGCAAUUAAAAGCUCAUAUGGCACGAGCUAGGCUGAGGGAUAGACAUCAAGAAAAUUUGAGAAAGAAGUUGCAGGUGCUUAAAGCAGAACAAGGCGUUGUGCUUCCAAUUGCACCUGAAGCAAAUAUCACACCUCCUACUAAAGAUGUUGUUAGUACGUGUGAGAACGAUUCUGAACCUGGUCCAAGUUCUUCGAAAAUAGAAGAUGAAAUUGUUGAAAGUGAGCCAGAGGAUGUCGGUAAUAUAAUAAUCAAGGAAUGCUUUGCCUCGUAUGAAGCUGGUGGGUAUAGUCCGAAAUACCUAUCGUCCAACGAUUUAGAACCUGGAACAAUUGUGGUUAGUGAAAAGGAUGAUGAUAAAAGGAUACAGUAUGCAAGAGUGCGCAUUUUAGGAACUGGUAAUAAAGACGAAAUCACGGUAUCCAAGGAUGAUAUGCUACUAAUCAAAGAAGCGCGUAAAGGUAUGGGCGAUGACGAAGCUCAAUUUUCGGUGGAAUCGGUUUUGGAUAGCCAAAUUUACUUGUGGUCCGACAAGUAUCGUCCCAGGAAACCGCGAUACUUCAACAGGGUGCACACUGGCUUCGAAUGGAACAAAUACAAUCAGACCCAUUACGACAUGGACAAUCCACCGCCGAAGAUUGUGCAAGGAUACAAAUUUAAUAUAUUUUAUCCGGAUCUAAUAAACAAAAAUAGUACACCGGAGUAUUAUCUGACACCAUGUCCUGAAAAUAGGGAAUUCGCAAUUUUGCGUUUCCAUGCUGGUCCACCCUACGAAGACAUCGCCUUCAAGAUCGUAAAUCGGGAGUGGGAGUAUUCGUACAAGAGAGGUUUUCGGUGUCAGUUUCACAACAACAUUUUCCAACUGUGGUUCCACUUCAAACGUUACAGAUACCGCAGAUGAACAUACUAUUUUUAUACGGAAAUACUUUUAUUUGUAUACAAUAUAAAAAUCAUUUACUUGGAGAUUUAAGUACAAUUAAU